GCCUUAGUGCGCGUUCACGUAGAGUAUCAAGUGUGUGCGAGACAGACUGUGCAUCACAUCCCAUUCAAUUUCUAAGCAGACGCCGACCUAUUCAGAGACAGCCAUGGCUUCUGGGGUGACAGUCACAGAUGAGGUGGUCGAGGUCUUCAACGACAUGAAGGUGCGCAAGGCCCAGGCCAACGAGGAAGAGAAGAAGAAGAGGAAGAAGGCUGUGCUGUUCUGUCUGAGCCCCGACAAGAAGAACAUCAUCCUAGAGGCUGGCCGGGAAAUCCUGCAGGGCCAGGUGGGCGACACAGUCGACGACCCCUACCUGCACUUUGUAAAGAUGCUGCCCGCCGACGACUGCCGCUACGCUCUCUAUGACGCAACUUAUGAAACCAAGGAGACCAAGAAAGAGGACCUGGUCUUCAUAUUCUGGGCCCCAGAGAAUGCCCCUCUAAAGAGCAAGAUGAUCUACGCCAGUUCAAAGGAUGCCAUCAAGAAGAAGUUUACAGGUAUCAAGCACGAGUGGCAAGUGAAUGGCUUGGAGGACAUCAAGGACCGACGCACUCUUGCAGACAAGCUCGGAGGCUCAUCUGUAGUCACCCUUGAAGGAAGCCCACUAUAAAUCUAGCUCCAGGCUUCAUUAGAGGCCUACCAGACACAUCUGAGGGGAUUGGUUGUUCUUUCCAGUAUGGUGUGGAGGAGGGCAAUGCAGGACCAGGAUAAUUGUGGGACUGUUGGGGAGGGAUAUUGUGGGUGGGGGUUGGGAAGUGACAGUUUUCAAAUUCCAAAACCGUAGACUGUCUUUCCACUUCAAAACAUUAUGACCAUGAACAAAAAACACACAAAGGAGAAAAAAAAACUAUUGUAAAAAAGAAAAAAAUUGAUGAAGGAUGAUGAUAAUCAAAUACACAAAAUGUAAAUGUUUGAGGACAGGGUCUUGUUCUUUCCGGGUUUGAAUGAAGAUUUGAAUGAAGAUCCAUAUUAAUGAAGAAUACUGACAACUGUUACAAUUCCAACUAUUGAACCCUGAAAGAUACUGUCUUUAAUUAUUCAAAUCCCUUAUUGUUUCUGCUUGACAAACUUCUAGUACAGUUUUCUAAGUGUGUGUCGUUGAGACUAGGUGAAGUACAAAAAACAAUUAACUGAUUGCACAAGGUAUGUCACAACCUUCUCUGGGGAACACGGUUGCUUUUUAAAAUUUAUUUUGUCGACCAUGCAAAUUCCAGAAGUGAUUCCAGUUAUUUUUAUUUUGAGUUACAAGAAAACCAUGGCAUUGAUGUAGUAAUUGAACACAUUCCUUAUUUGUUAAACAGGAUCCAGUGGGUUAAAAGUCUGAAGCGGGGGUCUGGAAGUCAGAUGGGGAGCGAUGUACUUGAACAGUCUGUGUUCAGAGCUUAGACUGAUAUUGAAUGGUGGAUGUUUUGUAUCGUCUCCUUAUCUCUAAUAAAAAGGCACUAAACUAC